CGACCCAUUCCAUGCUGGCCUGCUGGAGUGGACGUCGUCGUCUUUGCUGAUCGACGCCAUCACCUUGCUGCCACCACCAAUUCAGUCCUUGCAAGCUCCAUCCAAGCCAUAUUGCAUAUAUCGAUCGAUCGAUCGAUCGAGCUCCUCCCCCGUCAUGUCAAGUAAGUCAAUCAACAUGGAGCCAUCCUCUACGAGCGCGACAACCACGUCCUCCUCGCAUCGCGGCGGCGGCCGGGAGCUGCAGGGCCCGCGCCCGGCGCCGCUCAAGGUCCGCAAGGGCUCCCACAAGAUCAGGAAGCCGCCGCCGCAGCAGGUGCGGGAGCCGGUCAUCAUCUACACAUUGUCGCCCAAGGUCGUGCACGCCGACGCCAGCGAGUUCAUGUCCGUCGUGCAGCGCCUCACCGGUGCCACGGCGUCAUCCUCCUCCUCCUCCUCCGUCCCGGACCAUCAGAUUCAGGCGUCGUCGCUCCCGCCGUGGUUCCCCUUCUUCAGUAGUGGCCAGUCGUCGGCCUCCGCCGCACUACUCCAGCCGCCGGCGCCACACUUCCCGUUCCAGCUGCAGCACCAGCAAGCAGCAGGAGGGCCGCAUGACCUGAACCAGCAGGUCAUCUCGCCCGCGGCACGCCUCGCCGCCAUUGAGCAGGCGAGGAGUUCAUCCGGUGUUACUGCCGGAGGCCUACUGCCGCCAUUCCCGAGCAUCCUGUCGCCAGGGUCGCUCCCGGCGAUCCAGCCGAGCUUCUUCUCCCCGCCGGCCGGAGCAGGCGGCGGUGGCAUCAACCUGUUCGGCGAGCUCAUCAGCCCGGCGGCGGCAUUUCUUGGUGCAGGUGCAGGGGCCACCCAGGCCGGUGCAACAACAAGUCAUCAAAAUCCUGUAAUGUUGCAGCAGGCAGAAGCGUCGCCGUCGGCUGGUGCCUACUACUGCUGGGAUCUCUUCAACAACCGGCACCACCAAAACUAAUAACUUUUUUAUUAUAAAAUGCAAACGAGAAGCGGUCGUACCGUACGUGGUCGUUCUUGUCUGCUACUUGCAUGCAUGCAUCAUCUCAGCUGAAAGUAACAACCAUACAUGAACAUGAUCGAGUCCUGCCCUGUGGACUGCCCGGGUUGACAAUGUCCUUUCUCCUUUGCUUGCCUAUCCUUUCUGCUAGGUGGCAUACGUAUGUUGAAUUGUCGAGGAUCUCCGACACCCC